CCCCAAUUCACAGGUGGCUUCUCCUCCACCGCCCCUUAGUGCCGCCAGCGGGACUGGAGCCGGGCAGCAGGAAUAAUAUGCUUGAAAGUACUCGGUAGUGUUGAUCACCUGUACCUCAGCACGAGAGCUCCAGCUUAAUAAUUUUCACACACUUCUCUCAGAACAUGGGGGAAAAUGAUGAAGAGAAAUAUGGUCAAGCUGGCCAGAUAUUUGAAAACUUUGUACAAGCAUCAACAUGCAAAGGUACCAUUCAGGCCUUUAAUAUUCUCACUCGCCAACUUGAAUUAGAUCCUUUGGACAAUAGAAACUUCUACACCAAACUGAAGUCAAGAGUGACCUCAUGGAAGGCCAAAGCUUUGUGGAACAAGCUUGAUAAAAGAGCAAGUCACAAAGAGUAUAAACGUGGAAAAUGUUGUAUGAACACUAAGUGUUUAAUUAUUGGAGGUGGCCCCUGUGGCUUGCGGACUGCCAUAGAACUUGCCUUCCUGGGAGCCAAAGUUGUUGUUGUGGAGAAGCGGGACACUUUCUCCAGAAACAAUGUGCUGCAUCUCUGGCCGUUUACAAUCCAUGACCUCCGGGGACUGGGAGCAAAGAAGUUUUAUGGAAAAUUCUGUGCGGGAUCUAUUGAUCACAUCAGUAUUCGACAACUUCAGCUUAUCCUCUUCAAAGUUGCACUUAUUCUAGGAGUUGAAGUCCAUGUGAAUGUAGAAUUUGUGAAAGUCCUGGAACCUCCUGAAGAUCAAGAAAACCAAAAAAUAGGUUGGAGGGCUGAAUUUCUCCCUAUGGAUCACCCUUUGUCAGAGUAUGAAUUCGAUGUUAUUAUUGGUGCAGAUGGCCGCAGGAACACAUUAGAAGGUUUCAGGAGGAAGGAAUUUCGUGGAAAGCUGGCUAUAGCCAUUACUGCCAAUUUUAUAAACAGAAAUACAACUGCAGAAGCCAAGGUAGAAGAAAUCAGUGGUGUUGCUUUCAUCUUCAAUCAGAAGUUCUUCCAGGACCUUAAGGAGGAAACGGGAAUUGACUUGGAGAAUAUUGUUUACUACAAAGAUAGCACUCAUUACUUUGUGAUGACAGCAAAAAAGCAGAGCCUUCUGGACAAAGGAGUGAUUAUUGAUGACUACAUUGAUACUGAGUUGCUGCUCUGUGGGGAAAAUGUGAACCAGAGCAAUUUGCUAUCAUACGCCAGAGAAGCUGCUGACUUUGCAACCAAUUACCAGCUGCCUUCCUUGGAUUUUGCAAUUAAUCACUAUGGACAACCAGAUGUAGCAAUGUUUGAUUUCACUUGCAUGUAUGCAUCUGAAAAUGCUGCACUAGUGAGAGAGAGGCACAGACAUCAGCUCCUAGUGGCUCUAGUUGGAGAUAGUUUGCUUGAGCCCUUCUGGCCAAUGGGUACUGGCUGUGCAAGAGGCUUCCUAGCAGCUUUUGAUACUGCAUGGAUGGUGCGGAGCUGGGCUCAAGGAAAACCCCCCUUGGAAAUCCUUGCUGAACGAGAGAGCAUUUAUCGACUCUUGCCUCAGACUACCCCUGAAAAUAUUAAUAAGAACUUUGACCAGUAUACCAUUGACCCAGGAACAAGAUACCCAAAUUUGAACUCGAGCUGUGUUCGACCUCACCAGGUGAGACAAUUAUAUGUUACCAACGAGUUACAACAGUGCCCUCUUGAAAGAGUAAGCUCCAUUAGAAGAUCAGUGAAUCUCUCAAGACGUGAGUCAGAUAUUCGACCGAACAAGCUUUUGACCUGGUGUCAGAAGCAGACGGAAGGGUACCGCAACGUCAGCGUCACCGACCUCACCACAUCCUGGCGAAGUGGCCUCGCACUGUGCGCGAUUAUCCAUCGCUUCAGACCUGACCUCAUCGACUUUGAUGCUCUGAAUGAAGAGGAUAUUGUCAAAAACAACCAACUAGCAUUCGAUGUUGCUGAGCGGGAGUUUGGGAUCCCCCCUGUGACGACGGGGAAGGAGGUGGAGUCAGCUGGCGAGCCUGACAAGCUCAGCAUGGUCAUGUACCUCUCCAAAUUCUAUGAACUGUUCAGGGGCACACCUCUACAGGCAGUAGAUGCUGGUGACAAGCAAAAUGGAGAAAAUAAUGAUCUUUGUUCAGCAAAACCAUCAAACUUCAUCUUUAAUAAUUAUAUCAAUUUAACUUUACCAAGAAAGCGGGUACCAAAGGUUGAAGGGAAAUCAGAAGAAAAUGAGACUAACAAAAGACGUCGUAAAGGUCUUUUUGGUGUCUUCGAGGAGGCUUCAGGCUUUUCAAGCCAAGGGACAAAUGCUGGGAAAGAACAGAGCGAUGGCAGAGGAGUGAACCAGAAUAAAGUGAAAUCAAUGGCAACUCAACUAUUGGCAAAGUUUGAAGAGAAUGCCCCGAGUACAAUUUUUCGGAGGCAGGGAUCUCUGCGAAAAGAAUUUCCUCAGUCUGUCGGGGGGAGCGACAUUUGUUAUUUCUGCAAAAAAAGAGUCUAUGUAAUGGAGCGCCUGAGUGCAGAAGGCCACUUCUUUCAUAGGGAGUGCUUCAAGUGUGAAAUGUGUUCAACAACACUUCGUUUAGGAAUUUAUGCUUUUGAUGUUGAAGAAGGUAAAUUUUACUGUAAACCUCAUUUUACACACUGCAAAAUCAAUACUAAACACAGGAAGAGAAGAGCAACAUUACAGAUCCAGGGAACGGGGGCAACAGAAGCAUGGAAGAGAGAGGAGUCCAAAGCCACAGAGACCACCACAGAAAGCACUUUGUCUUCUGCUAGCAGUCCAGAGGACAGGUCCCCAGACCACUACCUGCCCACAGCUGAUGUGCCUACCUCCCCGAAGAAGGUGAAGAGCAUCCCUGAGCAUCUCGACUUGGAGAGUUGGUUCUCACCCCCUUCCCCUGAGUGGGCCACCGUGAGGGUCAUCCCUGAGGAGGAGAUGACUGAGCACAACCUUCUUGCUAUCCGAGUCAUGAUCACCAGUGAUGCAAGCAGCUCUGAGCUGGAGUCUGACUUUAACGGAGACUCACCGAACUCUGAAGUGAGUGAAGGACAGAUGUUGCUGCCAGAGCCCCCUGCCUGCCUGAGCCCUGUCCGGAGGUGGGCAUCGCUCACCAGGAGCCCUGUGGCACAGGAGGAGAGCCCCAAAACAUCCACAGUUGCAGAUGUACUCCAGAGAGCCAACAGUUUUCACUCCACAGCAUUAAAUAAGUAUCAGAAUUGGAGGAGAAAACUCCAAACGAGCUUCCCUCUAUUGUCCAGCAAGAAACCUGGGCUACACUGGAAGGACUCCUCAGCCAGCUGUCAAAGUGGUCCUGGAGAGGAUCAAUCCCGAACACAGUCAGCUUAUUACAAAAAAACACCAGAAGUUACAAGAGGACAUUUCAAACUCUACAGCCCAGUAUUUCAAAGAAAAGAAAAAGCCAGAGAGAUGCCUGAAGACAUCUGCCUCUAUGUGCCCCAUUGUCCUUUUCAGAGCAGCACCAGAGGUUCUCCACAGAACCCUCCUGGGAAUGGGGUACUAGCUGCUGAUUUUUCUGAGCCUGAAGAUACAGAUAGUGAUGUUGGGACAUACACAGUCCAGGGCUGGAAGAAAAAAACCCAGAAAUAUACCUCUGAGCCAGAAGAUUUUAAUAGGAAGACAAAAGUACUGUCACCUCUGGAUUUGAAAGAGAAAGAUGGCAAAAAACCAAGGCACUCAGAAAAAAACCUUGAGCAAGAACUAAAGGAGACCAAAAAAAUGUUGGUGUGUUGUAGUCAACAGCAACCCUUGUACAAUUCAAACAGGAUGGACUUGGGUGGAUCCAGCCCAGGGUAUCGAAACAAAGGAGUACAGUGGACUUCAGAGGAGAAAGAUACAGACUGGAGUAAAGAUGUGUUCAGACUAUCUGGUUGUGCUGUGCUGCCCUCUGCAGAUGGUUCUCCAUCAGCUUUGCCGGUCAACACCAAAGAUGUUCUGCGGAUUCCAGGUGCAGUUGCCAGAGAGCAUGCAGCUAGCCAGCCAAAAUCCCCACUGAGGCUUAUAGCCAAUGCAAUCAAAAGGUCCAUUCUGGAGCCCCUAACCUCAUCUUCAGAAGAACUAAAGCAGUCCUCAGACACUAAAGUCAAAGUGUCUUCAGAACAAACUUUCUUCAGCUUCCCCAGUACUCCUGACUAUUCCCUAGGCCAAAGGAACAGUAACAAUAAUAGAACAAAUAACACCCAACCACAGGAGCUUAAAACAGAGGAGUGGAUAGGGCAAUAUUUAGGAAAUGGGAGACUUUGCUCAAAUCCAUCUAAUUUUUCUCUUGACUCUGAAGAGAGAUCUCCAAGGGAUCACAGUGAGGAGGUAUCCUUCCCAGUCUACAGCCCUCACACCAGGCCUUCCAAGACAACCAGUAUACCUCAGAAAUCAUCUUGCACUAGGGUGGAGGAUGUCCCAGGACUCUUAGAAAAAUUCACCUUUAAAGAGACUACUCCAGGGGCUCCCAUGGAUGACAUAUUUAUCUCCAAUGAGAAAUACCUCCUUCUUUCAUCUCCAGAGCCCAAGAACACCUCCAAGGACAGUCUGGGUGACUCUGCACAGAAGGGUAGUCUUGGGUCACUCUUUGGUAGUCUGAGAAGUAAAGUUUGUGACAGAGAAGGGAAUUCUUCUGUUUCACCUGUGCCUUUCUUGAAGGACUAUUCUCCAGAAGACAGACUAUGUCAUCCUUCUGCAGGAUGUGAACACCUAUCUGUCAGAAAACACGUUAUUGAAUAUUCUACUUCUUCCUCCGAUGAUGAAUUUGAAUCAAAGCCUUCAUUAACACACAAGGCAAAAAGGGCGCUGAGACGGAGAAGAAAACUGGAGAAGGAGACAAAGCAAUUGAUUAAACAAGAGGAGCUAAAGAGGCUUCAUAAAGCACAGGCAGUCCAGCGCCAACUAGAAGAACUGGAGGAAAGACAAAGAGCUCUGGAGAUUUUUGGUGUCAAACUAGAGAGAGAACUAAGAGGAGAAUCAGAUUCAGGCACAAAGGAUGAAACUCAGAUGCUACAUGAAUGGUUUGAGCUGGUCCUGGAGAAGAAUAAAUUAAUGCGUUACGAGUCUGAGCUCCUGAUUAUAGCCCAAGAGCUAGAACUGGAGGACCAUCAAAGCAGGUUGGAACAAAAGCUAAGAGAGAAAAUGGCCAUUAAUGACAGCCUUAAAAAUGAGAUGGAUCUCAACGAGGAGGAUGAAAUUUUCACUGAGAUGAUGAAAGUGGUUGAAGAACGGGACAAGCUUGUGUCUAUAUUAGAGGAGCAGAGAGUGAAAGAAAAAGCAGAAGAUGAGCACUUUGAAAGCAUUAUAUUAUCUACAGGCUAUCAGCAGAGCAGGAUUUAAACAGCCACAUGCAAAUAAACACAAUUUCUGCAAUAUUCCCAAUUGUGGAGAUACAGGCUUCUGAAAAAUGAAGGAAUUCAAAUUUAAAAUCAGUUUAUUUGGGAAGCGUGUCAUUUUGUUACCAAAAGCUCCUAGGCAGUACUGGAGAGAGUCGUUACACUGCCAACUGAAAGGAUCACUGGAAUACAGAAUAGGACUGAAUUUACCUGUCUGAUGGGCAUCAGGGCCUGUGAAAGGGAAAUCAGAGCUCUGUUGUUUUCUUGGAAUUUUAUUUUAAUGCUGAGAGGAGAAUUUCUGAGAAACACGAUGAUGUAAUUUACUAUUUUUGAGCUGGCAUUGCUUUCCAUUUGUUCGUCUGAAUCUGUAUGUGGUUUUGUUAAUAUUUUGGCACAGUCAAGGCACGGUGAACUAUUAAAAAGGUCAGAAAGCAAGCAUCUCUCAUAAAAACAAGGUUAAUUUUUAUUUCUGCUGGAGGAAGGGUCAUUUGACUAAUAACUGUGUAUUAGCUCUCAUUAAAACUACUGUAAAUACAAUGUCAGAAAUUAAUUUGCCAGGUAUUUGGAAGUUUUAGUGCACUGUAUAUUUUUGAACAAGAAGUUAAAGCAAUAUUGAAUCCCUACAUUUUUUUAAAUGGUAAGGGUAAUUUUGAUAAUAAAGGGAUGACUGCUCUAAAAACUGUAACAUAGUCAAAAAAGCUUUUGUAUGUCACAGAAUAGGGUCUUUUAAGAUAUGCUAAACGGUAAUUUAUAAAUAGUAAUCCAGACCCAAUUAGUAUUUAUAGAGUAAGGUAUACAAUUGUUUGAUAAAAUAUAUCACAAAUAGUAACCUAGGAUGUGAUGAGUGGUGUAGCAGUUAAAGAGAAUAAUUCCUUAAAAGGCCUGCAAAAAAGUGUUGAGUGUGUAAUGUCAACACUUGAUAGAAAACCUUGUGAGUGUAUUUAGACUACAUUUAUCUUGUUGCUUAAAAAUACAUUAAUAUUUUUUGCUUAAAGGAACUAUAUCUUAUCUUUUUUUGUACAAUGUAUUUGUAGAUAUUGGCAAAGCAGAUGUGCAGAAAGCCUCCUUAGUAUUCAGUAAAAUUUCAGUACGUUCUUAAGUCUGAGAUAAUUGUGCAAUUUAAGAUUGGUACUAUUCCCAACUGUAUGUAUGAUACACUAAAUUAUCAAACUAAAAACUGUUUCUUUUUUAACAUCAUUUUACCUCAUGCUCUGAAAAGAUUUGAUGUUCUCGUUAUUUCACGAAUGGUGCUAAUUUUCAGCAGUUGCCUAUGGUACAGACAAAGCUAUAAACAUUUAUGUUACAAAAGCUUUAAACUAAAAACCUCUUUGUACUUGUAGAGUAACAGACACACUGGUUCCUGUCACAAUAAUCUAUGAAUUAUCUCAAGCUUUUUCUCUAUUGUAAGAAAUGUAAAACAUCUUUUCUAAAGAUAAAAGCAAGAUUUUACUGUUGACCACAGAGAAAUAAUGUACCUCUACUGGUGCAAGGAAUAUACUAUUGUCCUGCAAUAUUUAUAUAUUUAUAUUUAUUUAUUAGACUGUUUAAAGAGGAUAAGAGUGGUUACAUUUUACAGCUUGGAUGUUGUCUCUGAUUUUGAUUUUUAAACAACGUUCUCAGUUACCAUAAUUUGAAGAGAUACCCUUAAAACAUGGCAUGUAAGACUUGAACAAUAGAAUUUGUCUUUCAGUGCAGUGGAAAGACAUAGCAGAAUCCUUAACCGUGUUCUAAAAUUACCAUCAGACUUUGUUUUUUCUGCCAUUCAUAGGCUAAGCAUACCUGACCUUCAGAUUACAUUUUUAUUGAGAUGAAUUGCAGUGAUUGAUUUUUAAACUAAAUCUAUUACUUAAGAUUGACACAAAGUAGGAGCAGGCAGGGCAGCAAUAAAUGUUUUAAUUUUCUCUGUUGAGAUCUGCUGGUAUUUACAGUUUAGUGGAGAAAAUUUCUGUUCCCAGAAGCCUCAUGUAACCCUAUAGAGCAAGACUGUCUAAAACAUCUAUCAUGGUUUUCUGCAGAAAGCAGAGAGUUAUAAUGCUUUUAAGGCACUUUAAGUUUUAAAGCAAACAAUGCUUUGCACAGGAGGGAAAUUCAACAGAAACCUCCAGUUAUGUCAGUCAAAGAUUGUUUUUUUCACUUCACUUUUACAGUCUAAGAAGUCCAUUUGCUUUAGUGUUGCUGUCAUUCAAAGAAGGGGAGCUUCAGGGGAACAUAAUGCCCCUAGUCCUGAGGAGGAGAUUGCUGUCCUCUCCCAAAGUCCAUCCUGAUUGCCCAGGGGAGGUGUGCAUGUUGCAAUCAGUCAUGUUCAGGUUGCUCUGAAUUGUCUCUGUUGUUUCAGUUUACAGUAGAUACAUGUUUGGCUUUAAAAACAAAUGCAAAAUGGUCAUUUUAGCUCAAAGAUGAGAGUUGUUGAGAGUAUUGGAGUCAACAGAAGCUGAGGGCCAUCAGCAUCUUAUAGACCUUAAAAAAAUUAGUUGCUAAAAAGAUACCUUUCUGUAUGCCAUGUAGUCAGAACACAUGCACCACACAAAACUGUAUCAGCUUUUGGGUGGAAAAACCCGUCAGGCUGUUACCCUGCCUGAAGUUAAGUGCCUUAUAAGAUUAGAUCUAAAAAUGAACUGUGCAAACAAUUUAGAAAAAUAAUAAAUUCUUAUGUCAUUUAAAGCAAGUCUUCAUAUAUUGUGAAAGUAGAGAAGGAGGAUGGAGAAAAAGAAGCUAUGCACACUGUUCACAGGUCAAUUUAAUAUGGUUGGAUUGUAUUAGAAAUGUGUUUAAAGUUUGGUUUUGUUAUGAGCCUUCUUGUUGCUCAAUCUUUUCUGUAAAUUGACUCACUAACUUAAAAUAGAUUUGUUCAUUUUUAAGUUCUUGGCACUGUCAUUGUUGGGUAUAAUGUGAUGUGUUGGAACGUAUUGAUUAUGUCUAAAUGGACUAGA